AGCUAAUACGUCGAUCUGCUACGUAAAAAUUGGCCAUUCAGGAAUAUACACAAUUACUGAUGAAUAGGAAAUAAGAUAUCUCGACAGGUAUCAUGUUACGCAAUCUUGAAUUUAUAAUGGACCUACCUAGGACCUAGGUUAACUAUAGGAAUGCGGGGCUUCACUACCCUUCUGCUUUUCGAUGCCUAGGCCUAGGUCCAAGCCCCGAAGCCACUUAUAUGCCGGGAGAAUCACAUUACUCCGUUCUCCGCUCCCCAGCGCUGCGAUAUUUAAGUUGGACACAUUCACUACAAAGAAGGGUCUAUAGCUCUGUUCAUAUUCUUCCUCAAUAACAGUUCAAUCCUACGUUAUUCUCCUCAUUAGUCAUAUCAACAAGCAACCAUCCCCUAACACAAACCAAACAACAACUUCGGACCUCCGAAACUCGGCAAAAUGGUGGCAGUCGUAUGCGUCGCCUACAAAGCGAGCGAGCGGUUCGACAUGGACUACUAUCUCAAAAACCACAUGCCCCUCGUACAAAAGACCUGGGCAAGCGCCGGCCUCAAGAGCUGGAAGGUAGCUCAGUACAGUAACGCCGAUUCCCCAUACGCCGUCAUGGCGUGGCUCGAGUUCGGGGAGCUAUCACAGUGGGAAAAGGCUACCUCGGCUCCGGAGGCUGCUUCAGUCUUUGCCGAUAUCGCCAACUUCACCGAUGCGGUGCCAGACAGGCUCUUUGGGACACUUACCGGAUCUGCGACGUCUUAAGGCAGUGUGGCGCGUUGAUCUCAUUCAUAGACGGGAAUUUUGUCUGAGCUCUUCUUGCCGGUGGAUGGUUGGCGAACGUAGUGGCGUCGAAGUACCUGAUACUUUUUCGGGCGGCGGGAGGGGGUCCGGAAGCUGAGUAAUGGUCUCAUGUACCAGCAUCACAUUUCACAAUCCUUCGCCGCGUAUGCAAUCCUGGCUUGUGGUCGAUAUUUAUUCUUAUAAUUAACCUCAAUAUGUUAACAUUUAUUGAAGAAGAAUUGAUGUUAUACCUAA